AUGCCCGCAUCCCAUGCAUCCCAUGCAUCCCAUGCAUCCCAUGCAUCUGCUGCUCUCCCCCCCGGCAUGGCGUCCCCUGAGCCUCGCCAUGUGCGGGCUGCCAGGCGCCUCAGGCUGAAGGGGGGGUGGGGGGCUGCUGAUGGGGUGCGGAUUGGGAGGGAAGAGGGGAAGGAAGCAGGGGAUGGUGGUGGUGGUGUGGGGGAGGGCGGCUGUGGUGUGAGGGACGUGGAGGGAGGACUGCGGUGCGGUGAGGGGGAGUGUAGUGGGGUGGAGGGUGAUGCUGUUGAACGGGAAGCAGGUUGUGCAGGUGAGGAGGGUGCGGAUGCAGCAGAUGUAACGGGGGAAGGCAGAGUUAGAGAGGCAGGAGGGGCAUCAGCGAGCACAGGGGCAUCAGCGAGCACAGGAGGGUCAGAACAGGCAGCAGAGGGUGCAAGCGCGGUUGCAACGAGGAUGGACAGUGCAGCACAGCUAGCAACACCAGUGGCAGCACACGGUGCAGUGAUGGAAACAGUGGCAUCAGAGCAGGGAGGGCCAGAGGCCGCGGCAGUGGCACCAGUUGCUGCUGCAGCGGCCGCAGCCACACCUGAAAACCCAGCAACUCCGCAUGGCUCUCGUCUCCCCACCACAGCAGCCUCUCCUCCAGCCUGCCCUCCCUGCUCCACAGCAGGUGCAGCAGACGUGAGGGGGCCAGCAGAGGGAUCAGCAAGAGAGCCCAUGGCAGAGGCAGGAGGAGCAGAGGCAUCAGCAGGGCCGUCUCCAGGAGACAGGGGGGGACACAGUGCCGCAGGGACACACCAGUACACGCCAGAAGAUGCCGCCCCAACGCCUGGGGGUGCAGUGACACACCAGUACACACCGACCGAUGCGGACCUGGCUCCUAGGUUCGGCCGCACACAGGCGGUGGGCGUGCAGGGUGCAGGUGGGGAGCAGGCAGGGGCGCGCAGCAGCACAGUGGUGCGAGUGAUCAAUGCAGGGGGGCAGCCCCGGAAGGUGGUGGUGCCGGCAGGCCAGGGGAGAGGAAGCGGUGUGAGUGUGGAGGCAGGGGUGAGAGGGGUGGCGGGACAUGGGCAGGCGGUUUCAGUGGCUAAGUUUGGUGCAGUGCAGGGUGGUCGAUUCAGGCUCGGUGUGAGAAGAUAG